AUGAUUAGCCAAUCAUUGAUACGGUCUUCUUCAAGUUCAUUAGUGGCUUCCGAUAGAAUACUAUUGAAUAGACUUAUAAAACCGGUCUCAAUACUAUCAAGACAUACUAUAGCCGGAAAUGCGUUUGCUACAACUACAUAUCUUGCCUUUAGACAAUUUGCCCCAGAAUAUCAAACAAUUCGACACUUUACUACUGUUCCAUAUAGACUUCAAAACAAAAUACCAGAAAACAAGUCAAUUAGUUCAAACCAACCAUCUAUAAGUCAAAAGAAUAUGGAAUUAACAAGUUUAGUCACCAAGGCUACUUUAUUGUCUCAAGCCAAUAGUAAAUUACACCGAAUGUUAAUCCAUAUAAAAUGGCCACUUUUAAGAAAUACAAGAUCUACAUCUUCAUGGGACAUAGCAUCUGCAUUCAUUUCCUGGUUAGUUAUGGGUAAUUUACUUUGGAUUAUUUUGGGGACAACUACAUUUGGAUUAAUGGCAAUGUAUGCAAUUCAUUAUUCUCAGAAUUUAUAUGAUACAUUAACUGACGACGAAAAAGAAGAUAAGACCGAGACAAGAGAUAAUAGUAUUUUGGGAUAUAUUACUGGAUCUAUUUUAUCAUUUGGAUUGGGGAUUAAGAUUCAGUUUGAAAAAGGGAGUAUUUUACCCGAAUUGAAAGAUGGAAGAUUGAGAUUUAAAAACGUAACUGUUGUUAGCGACGGAGAAGAUGAAGCUACGGCAAAGCCUGCUCUUAAGGCAAAGAUAGAAGCUAUGGAUGUUAAAUUAUCAUUCAACAAAUGGUAUGAAGGUAAUGGAUUGAUUUAUGAUUUGGAAAUAUUCGGAUUAAAUGGAAAAGUUCAUCGUAAUGAACCUCCGAAACCAGCUCCAAUAAAUCAACAAGACCAUAUACAGAAACAUAAUUCAAAUGUAUUUUCAUAUCGUCAUCAUGAGAAUAUCCACUAUCAAUACGACAUGACUGAAAAUGAUGAAGAAAUGGAAGAAUUAUCAUCAGGACCAGCAACUUCAUUUAUUGAUUCCAAUUAUCAAUUAGAACAUGUCAAGAUUCAUGAUUCGUAUUUAGAGAUUUAUGAUUCUUGUGACAAGCCAUUAUGUAUCAAUAUUUUCAAUUGUGAUUUACCUAAAUUACGUGGAGAUCGGAUAUUAUUAGAUUUCUUUAAUGCCAACAAUGCUAGUGGAGCCAUUAAUGAUUCUAUGUUUACAAUCCACAAGCGACAAAUGGAUAAUGAUGAAUUACAUACUUUUGAUAGAACCGUGAGAUUUAAAUUGGAUGCUAUUGAUUUAGGUGCAAUUUCAAGUGCUAAUCCACAACUGAAAUUUAAUUGGAUUAUAAAUGGGAAAGCAGAAGUUGUUGCUGAUAUAAGAUUACCUAAUUUAGAAGAUCGAGCUGAAGAAUUUCAAUUAAGUCAAGAAUAUAAGAAAUUAAGUGGACUUGUAUCGAAAUUCCUUUCCGGAUUAUCAUCAUUAACUCACCAUCAUCCUUCUUCUGAUGAAGAAGGCAGUGAACAAGAUACUUCGACAUUAUUAAAAGAUGCGAUUUCAGCAAUCUAUCAUACUUUUAACAACCAAGAACAUUCCACUCCCAAGGAACAACCAUCAUCAUAUGUCAUGGUUGAUGUUAAGGUAAAAUUACAUGACUUAAAAGCAUCGGUGCCUAAAUAUUUACCAGUUUCCAAUUCAAACAAUAUGCCAUUCAUCUCACUCACAGAUUUAAGAACAUUAAUAGGAUAUAUCAACAAUGAAUCUCAACCAAUCACAAUAAAUACCACAGUAAUUGAGAAAUUAAGUGGAUUGUAUAAUGUUGAAAACUUGAGUUCAACAAAGAUGUUUGAUUAUAUCGUGGGGGAUAUAUAUGAAGAAUUGGGUAAAUUGGUUAAAUUAGAUGAAAGAAGAAUCAUAAAGGAAAAAUCUUCUAUGUGGUCUCAUUCAAUUGCUAGUCAGUUGUUACUUUUGGGAUUGGGUGUGAUUGUUUAA